AACCGCCAUAAACAUCGCGUAUUCAUGUCGGCUGCUGACGGACGAGAUGAAAGAGAUCGUGGUGAUCGACGGUCAGACGCAGACCGAAGUGGAAGUGCAGCUGAAGGACACGAAGACGACGUUCGACCGAAUCCUGCACACCGCGGUGAGCUCGCGCCUUGA